GACUAAUCUCACAUCACAUGACACCCACCGCUGCCUGAAUCUCUACCCGUGACUUCGCGCCACUCUCGUAUUCCCUCUAAAUUCCCCUCUUUUCUCCCCUUCCACUUCUUUCCUCAAUUCUACCUGGAACAUAUCUCGAGCUUAAACGCAGUGAUGGGUGGCUGGGACGUCAAUUGUGCGAUUUGUGGAGCCGGGUUUAGUGUUUAUGAUUCUUUCGCGGAAGACGGUGGCGAGGAGGACGGGUAUGACAGGGAAUUGUUGGGUGGGGGAGAUCUAGAAUGGCUUGAAAAGGCGAGAGUUAUUGGGUUUAAUCCCGAGGCCUUUAGCGUGCGGAAGUGCUUCAUCACAGGGAAAGGUAAUGCUCAUGACUAUGGACGAAUUGAAUGCUCGCUUGGAGAUGAUCAUAAUGUCCCCCAACCGUCUCCGACCCAUCAUGGAAAAGUCGGUCUAACUGUUUACUCAAACUACGACCCUAACGAACCCCUCGCAGUUCCAUUCCAUGAAGACUGUUUUGUUCUCCUGUCUAAAGCUAUCUACUACUCACUGCAUGGUAAUAUUCCCCCCAAUCUUGGCAAAGGAGAAAAGAUCACAGGAGAAGGCGAUGAAGUGUUGGGCUUCGUGAGCAAAGAUGUGUUGUAUGCUGCGAUGAAGAAGUUGUAUGUUACGGAUUCGUACGACCAUUGUCUGUCGGAAGUGGAUUAUGCGGAACUAAAUGUGACCACCCGAGAGCAGUAUUGGGGGUGUAUAAGGGGUGAAGAAGCCUGGGUAUCCAACCCUCUCACCAGUGAGCAACUAACAUACUUCUUCUCUCACACUGCUCAAACACUCGGCUUAAACUCAUCACCUCCUACGACACGUUCUAGCACCACGACCUGCAACCCAAUUCCUCACAACCCCUUCAGCAAUCUUCCCAAAGAGCUGAUCUCAGAAAUCCUCCUCUAUCUCCCCCUCUCCUCACUUAAAUCCUUUGCUCUCUCAGGCCUAAUUCCCUUCCGGCUAGAACACAACUUAGCAUUCUGGCGCCGGAAGACAAAUCUCGAUUUUGCGUUCCUGUAUGACCUCCCAAAUUUGGAAGGAGAGAGAAAUUGGCUGGCUGUUUAUCAGGAGCUGCAUCGACAGUGCCAUACCACUACGCCCGAGAAAUACACUGAUGACGAAGGAGAAGAACGCAUUGUCCGAGAGCGAGAUCAAAGCUUGGUAUUGGGGUUGGCGAAUCGGAGACGAGUAUGGGGGAUUUGUGAACAGAUUGUGUCGGUUUAUCUGGAGUGUUUGAAAAGUCUUAUGGACGAUGAUGGGGAUGAGGAGAAGGUGGAUGUGGAGGUUGUGGAGAAGAGUUUGAGUUUACAGCUGCCGAUUGUUGGGAAUCCGCUGAGUAGUGAUGGCAAGUCGAUUUCGACUUUUUUCAUCUCUUCUUGGGCUGAAUUGUCGAAGGAGUUGGUGUUGGCGUUCUUCUUUGAGGGGCGCAGUAAAGAAGCAAGGUUACGUGGCGUAGAGGCCCAAGGAAAAAGAUUGUUUGGGGAAUUAGGUGGGAGAAUAGCGGAGGUCGCUGUUGAGGAUGGAGCACGGAUUGAUGGAUUGGUAUUAAGUAUCGUUGGAGGGUCGGAGAAUGCUCUCAAAGAUGCAACUAUGGGUAUUGCGGGCAUUGAACUAAUGCUAGACAACGGAACGAGCCUUAAAGUGGGUGAGCAGACAGGAGACAAGAGACUUCUGAAAGUCAACGGUGGAAUGGUCGCUACAGGUCUUAUUGGAGAACUUGGGAAUGGUAUCAUUACACGUCUGGGUCUUCUCCAAGCUCCCGAUCCCAGAUCUACCAGCUUCAUUCCGCCCUCAAAAGCCGUCUCCCCAACCCUGAAACCACUCUGGCAUACCUCCCUUCCCCCACAACAUAUCCACGCAUCUCCUUACCAGACAGGCUACUGGACACCUUCACGCUCAUAUGACACAACCCCAAUGUCAUUCAUACUCUUUUCUCCAGACGGCACAUACGACCAACUAUCAAGCUUGAGAGGCAUUGAAAGCGAUCCAAACAUGAGGUGCUGGGGUGUCUCGUAUAACAUUGAAGAAGGGAAGAGGACAGGACCACGAGAUAAAAUGGACGAAGUAAAGAUGUUCAAAGUCGACGGAGAGGAAGGCGAAAGAGUUGUCAAAGUUGAGGUUGGGAUGAAUAGUCUGGUUCAAGGGAUCAAGGUAUUAUUUCUCACUCCCUCUCAUUCUCAACUAAACCUCUCGUCUUUCUCAAAAUGAAGUACCAGGCGACAUUGACAUCUAACAUCUUACAGAUCACAACAAACAAGAACCUCUUCGCAUUCUUCGGCCAUACGCAAAAGAACUAUCACACCAUCUUCCAAGAAACGGACACUGCUUUCAUCGCAGGAAUGUACAUCAGUUGGGGGUAUGGCGAUGAUAAACGACUGUGCUCCACAAUCUCAAUC